CCUAUAAAAAUGGCCUUCUCUUCUUCUCCUUCAUUUAUCCCAUUUGUGGACUUCGUUGAAAUUGUUGUCUCUCAGGAAAUCGAUAAGAAUUCGAAAUUUCUCACUGUUUUUCCAACUGGGUCAAAGCAGAAAUUCCCAUUUCUCUCUCAGAUCUGGUCCGUAGAUCAGUUGUACAACUGCAUUCCAAAACAAUGGCUCUAGCAUCUGUUGAAGGAAGUUCAAAGCUAAACCCGAAUGCCCCGCUUUUCAUUCCAGCCGCAUACCAGGUGGAGGAUUUCUCCCCACAAUGGUGGCAACUGGUCACAACCUCAACAUGGUACCGUGAUUACUGGCUCAGCCAACACCAGGAAGAGAGUGACUUCUACAUCGAUGGUGAAGAUGAGUUCAGCAAUGACAUUACUGAAUUCCUUCCAGAGACGUUCGAUCUCGAUGCUAACGAAGAACUCUGCACCAUGGAAGCUGAAUUCGAGGAGUUCAUUCAAGCUUCUCUUACUGAAGGGUACCACCCUGAGAAGUAGCUUGCCUUACCCAAAAAAACUUCCUUCAUGAUCAGCUUGCAUUUUCAGGUUUACCAUGUUGAUAAGCAUAAGAAACAAUCUGCAGGGUUUUUUCUUUUUUCUUUUUCUUUCUUCUUUUUAAAGUAACUUGUGUACAAAGCAAGGGUGCUAGUUUUGCAACUUUUGCAAACCCCACUUGUUCAUUAUUGUGCAUCUUACUUUUAUAAGUGUCCCAAAAAAAAGUGUAAAAAAAAAAGGAAAAUAGUUUUAAAUGAGAAAGAGGUGUUCAUUCUCUUGGCUU